AUGGACCACUUCCUCUCAGUUUGCCCCACCACUCUCACCGUUGACCUCCUCGAGAAGGCCCUCCUAGUAGCAGAGAAGAGUAUAGUCGAUGUAGGAGCCUCUCGUUGUGACCCUCGCACCCCCGUCUUUGAGGGGUGUUCUCCCUCCCCCCUCUUGCCCUCUGUUGCCUCUGCUGCUACGGCCGACCUCGUUGGUUUCGAGUCGGUCGGCGCUGCGUCUGCCCCGAGCGGGAGACGCUGCACUGGCAAGGGCAAGGGGGGCAAGGGCGCUGGAGGGACUGGCGAGGGCGGUGGAGGUGGUGGUGGAGGUAGUAGAGGGAGUGGGGGUGGUGGUGGGAGUGGUGCUGGUGAGUCUGCUCUCUCAGGUACUACGUCGGCUCAUGCCUUCCACACCUUCACCCUUGACUCGGAUGCGUCCCGCUCCUUCUUUCAAGACCCCAUCACUCUUACGCCGCUCAGUCAGCCGGAUGCAGUCUCCCUAAUAGACCCCUCUAGGGGUCUUGUCCUUGCUAGCUUCUCCACUGUCUUACCGUGCCCGGCAGCCCCCUCUGGCACCCUGUCAGGUCUCUACCUCCCCUCGUUCUCUACGAACUUGGUGAGUGGAGCGGACCUACAGGAUAGGGGGGUUGACCAGUUCACUCCUGCGAGUCAGCGAGUGACCCACUGCACGUGUGCUCGGACAGGCCGACACUUGGCCACGUUCACUCGUCGGCCAGGGUCAAGCCUACUCUCCUCUGGCACCACCGCCUUGGUCACCCCUCCUUGCCUCGUCUCCGAGGCAUGGCCUCCGGUGUCCUUGUCUCUGGUCUCCCUCAAUCUCUCCCUCCCCUAG